AUGGACGGCAUGUCAAUGGCCACCACCACCACUGUCAUGGCUGCUACUGGCACCAUGAGCAUGGCUGCUACCACCAGCACCAAGGCCGCCAUGUCUGGCAUGGGAAGCAGUACCGGCUGCAAGAUCUCUAUGUUGUGGAACUGGAACGUCAUUGACAGCUGCUUCAUCAGCAGCCAAUGGAAGAUCACCUCCAACGGCAUGUUUGCCGGCUCAUGUAUCGGGGUUAUUCUCCUGGUCAUGGUUCUUGAGGCUCUUCGCCGGGCCACCAAGGAGUACGACAGAUACCUCAUCAAGGCCCACAAGCAGCAAUACGCCAACGCCGGUGCCGUCUCCCCGAGCUCCGCCAGCGCCGACGACCACGGCAAAGGCCCCUCCGGCUCCGCCGCCGCUAUCACCGCAAACGUCGUCCCGCCUUUCCGCCCCAACGUUCUGCAGCAAGCCGUCCGCGCACUCAUCCACAUGUGCCAAUUCGCCGUCGCUUACUUUGUCAUGCUUCUUGCCAUGUACUACAACGGUUACCUCAUCAUCUGCAUCUUCAUCGGUUCCUACAUCGGUGCCUUCCUGUUCCAAUGGGAGACUAUUUACGAUGGCCCCACCUCUGCUGCCAGCGAGGCCACCGUCUGCUGCGGUUGA